CACACGCACACGCGGAAACACACACACGGCCACCAGCGCCCACCGCACGCAAACACAAAGUGUUUCAUUUCCUUUUACUCCUUCAGGAGUUUCGUUUCACGCCGCAGACCGACGGUGUUUCGCGGUGUCGCCGACAGGUCGGAGAACUGAACUUCUUCCCGAGGCGCUCCAGAAUCUCUGUUGAAAGUUGGAUUACAGCGCAGCGACCUGAACUGAGAGGGAAUAAAGCUGCUCAGAGGAUGAGCAUUUGGGAUAUCAGCGGAGCUCAGUGCUGUCAACGGCUGUGUGGCGCGUGUAGAUAAGCCUCUUAUGAGGUGAAAAUCCCUCCCCAUCCUGCAGUAUCCCCUCCCAGCACCACCAGCAGCUGUCUAGUGAAUAAGGGAUGUCACGGCUGUUCCUCUUUUUGGCAGUCCUCAUUGUCUCGUGCAGCAUCCAGAUGUCUCCUGCUGCUACCCUGGAUAAACUGAAGGAUGACUGGAAACGGUAUAGGACAGAAUGUGAAUACAACAACAGUCAAUACCCGCCCAGCAGUGGUCUUGUGUGCAACAGGACGUUUGACGACUAUGCCUGCUGGCCUGACGGAUUCCCCAACACCACCGUCAGUGUGGAGUGCCCGUGGUAUUUGCCAUGGUACCAUAAAGUUCAACACGGCAUGGUAUAUCAGGACUGUGAUGCCAAUGGCCAGUGGGUGACUAAGUACAAUACCACUGAGUGUGAAAUCCAUAGUACAAACCAGAUUUAUUAUAGAUGUAUCUGGAUCAUGUACACAGUGGGUUAUUCCUUGUCCUUGGUGGCGCUAGUACUGGCUCUUGGUAUUCUUAUAUUUUUCAGAAAACUUCACUGCAUGAGGAACAACAUCCACAUGAACCUGUUUGCUUCCUUCAUCCUGCGAGCCCUUUCGGUCCUAAUCAAAGAUGCUCUGCUGGAGGCCAACUUCACAUCGCAAAAGAUCAGCGGAGACAGGGACCAGGGGUUCCCCAGUGAAUCAAUACCCCCAGUGGAGCUGCUGACCACAGUUAGCUGUCGCACUGCCGUGGUGAUGAUGCAGUACAGCAUCAUGGCCAACAGUUACUGGCUGCUGGUGGAAGGCAUCUACCUCCACAACCUGCUGGUCAUUACCGUGUUCACGGAGAGGAACUACUUCAAAAUCUACCUGUGCAUUGGUUGGGGAACACCAUUAAUAUUCCUUGUUCCUUGGGCAGUCUCUAAAUAUUUAUAUGAAAAUAAAGAGUGCUGGGAGCAAAACACCGACAUGAAUAUCUGGUGGAUAAUCCGAGCGCCGAUACUGCUUGGCGUUGUGAUCAACUUUAUUAUCUUUAUACAUAUCAUCAAAAUUCUUGUCUCAAAACUUCGAGCACACCAGAUGAGAUACACAGAUUAUAAAGUCAGGUUGGCAAAAUCAACUUUAACACUGAUUCCUCUUCUGGGUAUCCAUCAGAUUGUCUUCAUCUUCCUACCUGAGGAGACCACCAACAAGAGCUUGCAUUUACGUCUCACUAAGCUCUUUAUUGACCUCUUUUUCUCCUCCUUCCAGGGUCUCCUGGUGGCGAUCUUGUACUGUUUUGUCAACAAAGAAGUGCAAUCUGAGAUUCUGAAGAAGUGGAAGCGCUGGAAGCUAGGGAGGAACAUCGAGGAGGAAUAUCGCCACACCUACAGCAAUUCCAACAACACUAAGACGGCCAGCCUGCUGAACCACAUCCCUCGGCUUCCCCACCUCCCAGACAUCGCCAAAUCUUCUGGCCCGGUCUGCCGUCCCGAAGAGCAAACGUGGCUCGUGGCUUGCUGCCACAACGGGAUGGUCCACGGCAAGGAGACGGAAAACUCCAGCUCGCAGCAGAACGAAGGAACCAGCAACUGCACCCUUGUGGAGGACAUCAACCAGUCAGGGAAGAUGCAGUGUUAUGAGGUUCAGAGAGAGAAUGUUGAGAGCCACCUUUAAAAGAAACAAGGAGAAAGGACUUUCGGAAGGAAGUUAGACGGCUUUGAGCUCUGAUGGAGCUCUGACUGAAAGCCCUACUUGGGUUUUGAAGCGGUGUGCCGACUGAUUCACUUGUGGGACCAGUCGUCAGUCAUCAGUGUCACCGGGAGACGCAGCGGCUCUCAGCCCUGUAAUAUGACAGCAGUAUGGCAGACAUCCAGACCAGGAUGCUCAGUGUGCUGUGAGUCUUGUGAAUGGAUGUUUUGUCAUUUUAAUUAUAUGAAGCUGCUGCCUGUUGAACAAUUUUACAAACAAUAUCAACAAAACACAAAUAACUACAAUAGAAAUACAAAAAAAAAACCCAAAAAACACACCAAGUCCUGGCGUGAGUCUUUGCUUCAGUGUUUGGCAUAUGACAAAUGUGUGUUUUGUGGUACAACAAACUGGAUAUUGGACUGCGCACACAAUAAACAAGACCAAAUGACACGGAACAAGAAGGACAGAAGGGAUUGCUUUUUGUACUCUAUAUGCUCUGCUCUGGUGCGUGUAUGUUGCUAUCUUGUUCAUACUGAUUUUAAUGAAACUGUACAGAGAAAGGAAGAAAAAAAAACAUUCUGGUGACUUCACAGUGAAGUAACCACAGUUAUUGUGGAUGGGAAAAAGGCAGCUGCUCCCCCCAGGUCCUACCUGGCAUAGAAAAACAAAUAAGACUGAGGUGUAAAGAACUAAAUGAAUAACAUUGCUUUUCUUUUGGUAUUGCUGAGUGUUACAGUUUUAUAUUGGUCACAGUUGUGAAAGUAUUAAUACCCCUUUUUCACAUUUUGUUGCAUUACAAAAACACAAAUUUCAAUGGAUUUUGUUGGAAUUUUAUGUAAAAGACAAUCAGAAAGAAGCACAUUACUGGCAAACUAAAGACAGAAUAUUUAAGGUUUUUAUUUUUGUUUUAAAAAUAUUAAUCUGAAGAGUGGUACGCAUUUAUAGCCAUGCCACUGUCAUAAUAUUUUAGCUACUCUAAGAUGUUCUUCCAGCAUUGCCCUUUAGAAAUAUUCCUUUAGAUGCUCCGCUUUGCUGUAACAAUCAAAUCUGACUUGCUUCAGUGUUUCUCUGAAAGAAAAGCAUCCCCACAGCAUUAAGCUACUCCCACCAUUUGGAAGGUCCGUUCAGGAUAUUAAGUGUUAGUUUUCAGGUACAUAGUGACAUCAAGAGCUUUGAUUCACCUCAGAAUUGAAGUCAUCGUCAUGUUGCCGGGUCCAGUUCUUGUUGAGCUAUAAUUUGUUCAAGAACUAGUUGAGACAUGGUUCAAUUCAUGAUAGGUGAGCAGUGGUCAGGUCAAGUUUCAUAUCUUUCUUAAAAUGUUGUCAAAAUACCUCAGAUUUAGAUGAAUCUGUUUAAAGAAUAUAAUUCCUAUAUAAGUCCUAGUCUUUGUCUGUUGCUUAGAGAGCAAGUAUUUCCUUCUUGUACACUUAUCAUUGAAGUUAUCUCUGAUUGUUUAGUUUAUUUUUGAUACUUUUUUUAGCAUCCUGUUUUCUGCCUUCAGGGUGGACUGUGAUAAGUAGAGUUAUGUGUUCUGGCAGUUGUUUUAAAUAUCCUCCAUGUAUAGACUGUUUUCUGUAAAGUGGAAUGGCUUAUUUUGUUCUUUUGAGACUUCUUUAAAUUCAGUAUAAUAUUCAUAAGAGCCUACAAUAUUCAUUUUAAAGGUUGCAGACAGCUCUUUAGACCCAACCAUGGUGUUCAACUCUCAGUUCAGCGAUCGAAAGCACACCUAGCUAAAUGUCUGAGAUUUAAAAAAUACAAGCUGCCUUCAAAACUCUGGCUAAGUGCGAUAAGCUUAUGUGUACAUUUAGUUUUUUAAAACUGGAAUUUAUGUGGGGCGUCCUAAUUUAUUUCUCAAUACAUUGAUGAUUGUUAUUAACAUUUUGCAGAAAAAUUCAAUGGAUGGAUGUUUCUAAAGGCGACUUUGCACUGGAUUUUAUUUAUGGGUAUCAGAAACUAAGGAGAAUGAAGAUGCAUAACACAAACUUCAGAUUUUUUUUAAUUCGCAAAAUUAAAAGACAACAUGUCUCAUCAACAAUUUUGGUUGAUUUGCCACAUAAAAUAUCAAUAAACAGAUUGAAGUUUGUGCUUUUAAUAUGACAAAAUGUAAAUAAAAAAAAAAAAAAACUAGUCAAAGGGGUAAGACUUUUUGCAAGGCACCUUAAACUGUAUGUAGAAAAAGUGCCAACCAUGUGCCGCUAUAAUCAAUGCAAAAACAAGCCAACAAACAACCAAGUGAAGCCACAUUUCCAUCACUUCAUAAUGGAUCAGUGUUACUCAGUGUGACCCAGCACCUCCAAAACAGUGUGUGUUUGCAGUAUUACAUUGCCAGUUUAGCAGAUAUGUAGAGCUAUAACUACCAACGUAUGAGAAUCAUUCACAAAGUAUUAACGUAUGCCAUAAAGUGACAUCAAAUACCGUACAAAUGUGAGUCAGAAGGUGCUAGUGGUUACAGGCGCCAUAUUUCUCCAUGGACAGUGUUUACCAUGCAACCACAUCCUGAAAGUAGAACAAAGCUUCUCCAGUUAGCUUUUAGAUGCUAAUGUUAGCGGUACAGUUGCUUGUAGAUAAAAAGCAAUGACCACCUACAGAGCAUUAAUCAAGCUUUGAGUUCCUAGCAGAUCUGCGUGAGCUAUGUAACAUGAUUUUUGUGUGAAUGACUAUUUGCAUGGUGUUAAUUUAUAACAGCUAAAUGUUAUAUGCACAUAUGUGAGAGUUUAGAUGCAUAAUUUAGCCUUCUUGUGAAUGUGUGUUUAUACAGGGUAGGAGUACUUUUGACGUUAUUAUUCCAGAUAUGUGGAUGUAUUACACUAAGAGGAAAUACAUCCGCAGCCAAAAGGAUGCUGAAGAAAAACAGGAGCACAGAGGUUAAUGGCCGUUACAAAUCAGUCAAACUCUGGCAUUACGCAGAACAGGACCACAGGACCUUCCCAGAAUUCAUGCCAAUAUAGUUUGUAAAGAAGAAAGAGCUCUGGCCUUUAUUUCAAAGCCCUGAUGGACCUCAGAGCAAAUUUGAGCACUACAGCAACAUUUCUGUUGUGUCAGAUAAUUGUUCUGCUCCCAGCCAGUUUCUACCGUUGAGUGGGUAGGAAAAAAAUGCAGGCAGAAGCUAUUUUCCAUCAGCCGAGGGUUUUCACAGAGCAAGUAGACAUCCAAUAAUUGAGCUGGGAGCACGGUGCUCACGCAGGUGCUGCAGAAGUGGAAGGAAAUGCUUGCACACUCAAAACAAAUGAGUGAUGACUGGUUUCGGCAAAACAGAUGUAUAUUGCUAUUUUCAUUUCAAAGUAAAAUCUGUAUUUUAACAAACUCUGACUUGUCGGACUGACUCCUCUUCGUCUGAAUGUAUUGUUGGAAAGGCUCAAAUCAAUAUGUUUCUUUACUCUUCUAGUCACGGUGGUUACGUAAAGUAUGAACAGGUCAGUGGAAGCUGACCACAUUCAGGUGUAAACAGUCUGUCAUAUAUUGUAUUAUAUCUGUGCAAGUGGUCAAAGAAUAAAAUUUUAUGUAUGUGAAA